GGAAGUUUAAGGAAAAGAAGAAGAAGAAGAAAAAAAAAAGCAUUAGCCAUUGCUCCCUUAAAGAAGAACAACUAGACUGCUGCCGAAAGGGGGUGUUCCUGUCUGGUUGAUGCUUGAAGAAGGACAGAAAGAUGUCUGACAGUGAGGACAGUGAUUUCUCUGAUAAUCCGAGUGAGAGGAGCAGUGAAGCCGAGGAGGCGGAGGAGAACGAGGAUGAAGAAGAACAGAGGAGUUUAGCUGGCAGUGACAAGGCUGCUGAGGAGGAGGGGGAAGAUUUGGAGGAUGAGGAUGAAUAUGAUGAAGAGGAAGAAGAGGAUGAUGACCGGCCCAGGAAAAAACCUCGGCACGGUGGCUUCAUUUUGGACGAAGCCGAUGUUGAUGACGAGUAUGAAGAUGAAGAUCCAUGGGAAGAUGGGGCUGAAGACAUUUUGGAAAAAGAGGAAGCCGAAGUUUCCAACAUUGACCAUGUAGUUCUGGAUGAGGAUCACUCUGGUUCAAGGAGGUUGCAGAAUCUCUGGAGGGACUCACGAGAGGAAGCUCUGGGGGAAUACUACAUGAGGAAAUAUGCCAAGUCCUCAGGAGGCGAGCAUUUCUAUGGUGGCUCUGAAGAUCUUUCUGAUGACAUCACCCAGCAACAGUUGCUUCCUGGGGUCAAGGAUCCUAAUUUGUGGACUGUUAAAUGUAAGAUUGGAGAGGAGAGAGCAACUGCCAUCUCCCUGAUGCGGAAAUUCAUCGCUUAUCAAUGCACGGAUACACCACUUCAAAUCAAAUCUGUGGUGGCCCCUGAGCAUGUCAAAGGUUAUAUCUACGUGGAGGCAUAUAAACAGACCCAUGUCAAGGCUGCCAUUGAGGGUGUUGGCAAUCUUCGCAUGGGCUUCUGGAACCAGCAGAUGGUGCCUAUUAAAGAGAUGACAGAUGUCCUGAAAGUGGUUAAGGAAGUGACUAACCUUAAGCCCAAGUCUUGGGUUCGUCUUAAGAGAGGCCUUUAUAAAGAUGACAUCGCCCAGGUGGAUUAUGUCGAACCGAGCCAAAAUACAAUCUCACUGAAAAUGAUUCCUCGUAUUGAUUUGGACCGUAUCAAAGCAAGGAUGAGCAUGAAAGACUGGUUUGCAAAGAGAAAGAAGUUUAAGAGACCUUCUCAGAGGCUUUUUGAUGCUGAAAAGAUCCGAUCUAUUGGUGGUGAGGUCAGCCAUGAUGGUGAUUUCAUGAUAUUUGAAGGCAACCGCUACAGCCGCAAAGGUUUCCUGUUCAAAAGUUUUGCCAUGUCAGCUGUGAUCACAGAAGGGGUCAAACCCACAUUGUCAGAGCUGGAGAAGUUUGAGGACCAACCAGAGGGUAUUGACCUGGAAGUGGUCACAGAGACCACAGGUAAAGAGCGAGAACAUAAUCUUCAGUCAGGAGACAAUGUGGAGGUGUGUGAGGGAGAAUUAAUCAACCUCCAGGGCAAAAUCCUGAGUGUGGAUGGCAACAAGAUCACCAUCAUGCCCAAGCAUGAGGACCUCAAGGACCCUCUUGAGUUUCCAGCUCAUGAGUUGAGGAAGUACUUUCGUAUGGGUGAUCAUGUGAAGGUUAUCGCGGGGCGUUAUGAAGGUGACACAGGUCUCAUAGUCCGAGUGGAGGAGAAUUUUGUCAUUCUUUUCUCUGACCUCACCAUGCAUGAGUUGAAGGUCUUACCGCGGGACCUGCAGCUGUGCUCUGAGACUGCCUCAGGUGUGGAUGCAGGAGGCCAGCAUGAGUGGGGAGAGCUGGUACAGUUAGACCCCCAAACUGUGGGUGUUAUCGUCAGGCUGGAGAGAGAGACCUUCCAGGUUCUGAACAUGCACGGGAAAGUUUUAACUGUGCGGCAUCAGGCAGUGAACCGGCGGAAGGACAACCGCUUUGCUGUUGCUCUUGACUCGGAGCAAAACAACAUCCAUGUGAAAGAUAUUGUGAAAGUCAUCGAUGGACCUCAUUCGGGCCGUGAAGGUGAAAUUCGUCAUCUCUUCAGAGGCUUUGCUUUUCUUCACUGUAAGAAGCUAGUUGAGAAUGGCGGCAUGUUUGUCUGUAAGACACGCCACCUCGUUCUAGCAGGAGGCUCAAAGCCAAGAGACGUGACCAAUUUCACAGUAGGAGGGUUUGCUCCAAUGAGUCCACGGAUCAGCAGCCCAAUGCACCCAGGAGGAGGAGGAGGAGGUGGUGGUGGAGGUGGUGGUGGUGGAGGUGGAGGCAUGGGCCGGGGCCGUGGACGACGAGACAAUGAUCUCAUUGGCCAGACUGUCCGUAUAUCCCAGGGACCAUACAAAGGCUAUAUUGGAGUGGUGAAGGAUGCCACAGAAUCAACAGCUAGGGUAGAGCUCCACUCAACCUGCCAGACCAUCUCUGUGGACCGCCAGCGUCUUACAACUGUAGGUGCCAAGCGACAUGGAGGAAUGAAUUCCACCUAUGGGCGAACCCCAAUAUAUGGCUCUCAGACACCCAUAUAUGGAACUGGCUCACGUACCCCCAUGUAUGGUAGCCAGACACCUAUCCAUGAUGGAAGCCGAACUCCUCAUUAUGGCUCUCAGACUCCAAUUCAUGAUGGGAGCAGGACGCCCGGUCAGAGCGGCGCAUGGGACCCCAGCAAUCCAAACACACCAUCCCGACCUGAGGAUGAUUUUGAGUUUGCCUUUGAUGAUGAGCCAUCUCCAUCUCCUCAAGGCUACGGUGGCACACCCAACCCUCAGACUCCUGGCUACCCAGAAGUGCCCUCUCCACAGGUCAACCCACAGUACAAUCCUCAAACUCCUGGGACCCCUGCAAUGUACAACACCGACCAGUAUUCCCCAUAUGCUGCACCAUCUCCGCAGGGAUCCUACCAGCCCAGUCCCAGCCCACAGAGUUACCACCAAGUGGCCCCAAGCCCAGUGGGAUACCAAAACACACACUCGCCCGCCAGUUACCACCCCACCCCCUCACCCAUGGCCUACCAGGCCAGUCCGAGCCCCAGCCCAGUAGGAUACAGUCCAAUGACUCCUGGAGCUCCAUCUCCAGGAGGCUACAAUCCUCACACCCCUGGAUCUAACAUCGACCAAGCCUCUAAUGAUUGGGUCACCACAGACAUCAUGGUGCGUGUCAAAGACACAUUCCUGGAUGGAGGCGUCAUCAACCAGACCGGUGUCAUCCGCAGCGUCACUGGGGGGAUGUGCUCUGUGUUCCUUCAAGCCACUGAGAAAGUGGUUAGCAUUUCAAGUGAACACCUGGAGCCUGUAACGCCAACCAAAAACAACAAGGUGAAAGUGAUUCUGGGAGAGGACAGAGAGGCCACUGGUGUCCUGCUCAGUAUUGAUGGUGAAGAUGGCAUUGUUAGAAUGGAGUUGGAUGAGCAACUGAAGAUUCUUAAUCUUCGCUUCCUUGGGAAAUUGGAAGUAUAAAGAACCACAGAUCACUUUUAAAGAUCUUUUUCGUUUUCUCUUGACCAUCAUCUAAAUCGUGAAGUAUAGCUGGCCUUUUACAAUGUCCUUUUUUUUAUUAUUAGUGGAAGCAAUUUUUAGUGCGUAGUUUAUUUUUUGUUUCUUUCAUGAUGUAGAAAUGUACUUUUUGGCAAAUUGAUUCCAUGUCAAAUAAAAUGUGAACUGAGUUCUGAAAUC